AUGUCUGAAGAAGCCCCAGUAAAGGCCGUCCAGGUCAAGCUUGUGUUGCUCGGCGAAGCUGCUGUCGGAAAGUCGUCGCUUGUCCUCCGAUUCUGCUCGGGCGACUUUGACGAAAACACCUCUCCCACCAUCGGCGCUGCUUUCUUGACUCAAAAAUGCCGAUUGGAAAACAGAGUGGUCAAGUUUGAGAUCUGGGAUACCGCCGGUCAAGAACGUUUCCACUCUCUCGCACCCAUGUACUACCGUAACGCCCAGGCCGCCGUCGUGGUGUACGACAUUACAAAGGCUAGCUCCCUUGAAAAGGCCAAAGCUUGGGUCAAGGAGCUUCAAAGGCAAGCAAACGCCAAUAUCGUCAUUGCACUCGUCGGCAACAAGUCUGAUCUCGUUUCCGCUUCGACAUCUCCCGCAUCCCCUGCGGAAGGCGAGGACGGAGAGGAAUCUGAAGAGGCUGCCGAGGCCUCGGCGAGUGGAGAGGAAGAUGCUCGACAAGUAUCCACUGCCGAGGCUGAACAGUAUGCGAAGGAGAGCGGAUUGUUGUUCUUUGAGGCUAGUGCAAAGACGGGAAAGAAUGUCAACGAGGUCUUCACCGAAAUUGCCCAAACAAUCCCCUUCGACUCUGCCCCCAAGCCCGCUGCCGGUGCCCAGCAAAAUGCCAGGCGAGACGGUGCCAAUGCCCAGGAAGGAGGGAGAGUGAACCUGGGAGAGGGUCAGCAGGCCAAGAAGGGCGGAUGCUGUUAG